AUGCCUCUAAAACGCACUCCUCCGAACACAAUGUCAUCUGUUACUAACACCCAGUAUCCAACAGAAAAUUAUUUAAAUGACUCCUCGGACACCGAAGCACAAACAAGUAAAAUUAUAUGUAGUACUAAAAGGAAAAGAGGUAGAAAGGAGAAAAAACAACAAGAAUGUGACUGUAAAUUUUCACAGUCCUUAGAAGAAUUUAGAAAGGAACAACAAGCUAACUUUAAUAUUUUACGAUCGGCGUUUGAAGAAUUGAAGGAACAAAGUAUUAAAUUGCGGGAAUCAGUUGAAUUUGUAGCGGCAAAAUAUGAUGAAGCGAUACAAAAAAUAAAACAAAUGGAAGAAGAAAGGUCAAAUGACCAAAAGCAGAUGAUAUUGUUAGAUAUUAUCCCGGACCAGUUGGAGCGCCUUACCAGGUCAUCUAGUCUAGAAAUUCACAAUGUGCCUAAACAAUCAGGUGAAACAAAAAAUGACUUAUUUAACAUAGUAGCUAACUUAAGCAAAGCGGUUAGUCUACCAAUUCAAUAUCAUGACGUAUAUGACGUGUUCCGUAUCAAUGGGAAAUCACAAAAUAAGUCGAUUAUUGUCGAGUUUACCUCCGUUUUAUUGAAAGAAAAAAUAGAGAAAAAUAUAAAGAUAUUUAAUAAGGAACACAAAAAUGAAAAACUUAAUACAGGACAUUUACAAAUCACCGGGCCAAAAAUGCCAAUAUAUGUCUCAGAAAAUCUUCCACCGCGAACAAGAAGGUUAUUCUUCCUGGCACGGGAAUUUGCAGCUGCGUAUAAAUACAAAUAUUGCUGGUCUGCGCAUGGAAGAAUUUUCUUAAGGAAAACUGAUGGUGCCCAAUUCUUACGAGUUAACUGCGAGGAAGAUAUUGCAAAGUUGAGAAAAAAACAAUGA